UUUCCCAUAGUCGGUUCUCCGUUUACAUCAUUUCUUGAUUUGCCAUGAAUAACGUCAAGAAGAAACCCUGUAUAAACACCGCCACUGCGGUGUCUGGAGGCGGUGUACCUCCGUUGGAAGGCCUGCCACUCCCAGACGCCAUUAUUUUCAGCGAAAUUUUUGGUAAGCUAGACUUGGAAUCACUUUGUUCCCUGGCUUGCGUUUCCCGGGGACUCCGUUCAGUUGUUUCUCAAGCUCUUUCAACUUUCCCCUCUCUUGAUCUCUCUGCAAUUUCACUGAAUGGUGAGAUUCUGGAUCGGAUUAUCCCGAAAUUUAGAGGGUUGAAGAGUGUAACUAUUGAUUGUCUCCGGUUGGAUGAUUCCUCAGUAAUCUGCAUUCUUGGGCCGCAUCUCCAAGAAUUGAAUUUGCUCAAGUGUGCCUCACUCUCUUAUAACAUUCUUUCAUCUAUUGGUAAAAGGUGCCCCAAUUUAAGGAUUCUUGCCCUAGAGUUGGAAGGAGAGACAUCACCUGAAAUUUUUAAGAAGAACCUAAUAGAAAUGCUGAAAGGCAUUCUCUGUUUGGAGUCUCUAUCCAUAAAAGUCCGUGGAACAGAGCUUGAUGCAUACGAUUUAACUUGCAUUGAUCUCUUCCUACCCCAAACUCUCAAACUUCUGAAAUUGCAGCCUGUGAACGAGCAAGAUGCUAUUCUGUUUAUGAAAGUACUUGGAGAUGGAAAAAAUAAUCCGGGACACUUGGUCAAUUUUGCAAUGCCCUCAAAUUUAGGAUGCACUUGUUUUACACUUCUGUAUUUGUCACUUGUCCUGAAUGUUAUAUCUGAUGAACUUAUCAUCUCAAUUGCCAAUUCGCUUCCAUUUUUAGUUGAGCUGGAUCUUGAAGACAGACCAAGCACCGACCCAAAACUGCCGCGUGACUUAACUAACACUGGUUUGCAAUCUCUAGGCUUGUUUCAGCAUCUCACCUCUCUGUCAAUUGUGCGCAGUAGACUGAAUUAUCCAGUGUCUUUUAAAAGAGUAAACGAUUUGGGCUUAAUGCUUCUUUCUGAGAGUUGCAGAGGCCUAGAGUCUGUGAAACUUGGCGGGUUUUCUACAGUUACUGAUGCAGGGUUUUCGUCCAUUUUAUGCUCUUGCUAUAAUUUGAAGAAAUUUGAAGUUCGCAAUGCACCUCUUAUGUCAGACUUGGCUUUUCACGACAUCAUUGGGGUCGUCUCUUUUCUUACUGAUCUGAGAAUCUUGUCAUGCAAUCUCAUAACUAGCGAAGCUGUGGCUGAACUUGCUGCAUCUACAACGUUGGAGGUGUUUGUUACUUAUGGUUGCAGGAGCAUAGCCAACCCCUGUCUGGACUACAUAUCACGCCUUAGUACACUAACCACGCUUAAUCUAGGAGGAGCUGACAUCACAGACAGUGGUCUUGCUGUUUUGGGUAAAGGGAACUUACCAAUUGAACGUUUGACUCUUAGAGGAUGUGUGAGAGUCACUGACAGAGGAAUAUUCUCCUUACUCAAUGGUGGGGAGAAAAUCAAGACGACGUUAUCGUCUCUAGAUAUUGGUAACAUGCCAGGAAUAUCAGAUAGAGGUAUUAAAACAAUUGUUUCUAGUGCUGAAGCAAUUACUGAGCUAUGUAUGAGGUAUUGCUUUCAUGUGACUAAUGCUGCUUUGAAAAUGUUGGCUUCUGAGAGAUCCAAUAAAAUUAAUUUGCUUCAACGACUCGACCUUUGUCAUUGCACGUGUUUCUCGAUUGGACUGCUGGAACUAUUGCAGGACAGUUCGUUCCGUGGCUUACGAUGGCUUGGAGUUGGCAGCACUUCUUUGGUUACUGCAAGGGAUAAUUGCAGAGUGAUAUGCGCAAAGAGACCAUGGCUGACACUGUGUUUUGAAGGCUGUGAAGUUGGAUGUCAUGAUGGAUGGCAAUUCCACAAGUCCAAUGGCAAAUGAAUCAUUUUACACGUACAUCUUUGGUUGACGUUAAGUUUGACACACUUGUGGGGUGACAGUUUUUAAUACUGAUUGUGUACAACUAGUUUAAUCUCUUAUUUAAUUUUUCCUUCUAGAAAUUUAAUGUUUUUACGAGAUAUUUAGCACUUCGUUUUGUACAAAUUCUUUGAACUUAUUUCUCCAUAUUCAUUUUCAGCAUUUACCAUU